AUGACCGGAGUGGUCCAGGACCCGCGGUGCCACCUGCACGUACUCCAUUGCGAGUCGCUGUUGGUCCACCAGGCGCCCCCUGUGGAUCUUGCGAUGCUUGCCAAGUGCCAAUGCCAUUGGUAUAUCGGGGACGCACACCACGCGUCGGAGGUGGUGGGUAUCUUUCACCCUGGGCAAAGCCUGCGCCUGGAUUUCUGCACCUUCGUUGUCGCCGAUGUCGACCGCGACUUCGACGUGAAGCUCACGGUGGCAACGGUGGCCGGUGAUCAUCUGGCGGUAUUCUUCGGCCGCCUGUCCGAGCUCACCCAAAGUGAGCAGUUCACAAGGCAUGAGCUGGAGCUGCGAAACGUAGAGGGCGUUGUGGCGUCUGCAGUCGUGUUUUGCGCUGAGCAGCAGCGGUGGACGGUGCAGGGCAAAGGGGUCUUCAGACCUCCCGGCGAGGCUGUCACUGUUGGUCCGGAAGACAUGCAGGCUUCAUACGUUCUGCAGCACAUUUUCCCCGACGAGUCUGUGAAGGAUCCCAAGCCGGAUCCCAUAGGCGACACAGGUGUUGUUGCAUCCGAAAGAUGUGCCAUCGAUGGCAAGGACUCAUCUGAGGCGACCCAGGAGCCAGACGAGGCCAUCAGGAGCCGACGGCCCAGCCGAGAGAAGGUGCGACGGCGCUCAGUCCUCCGCGAAGGGCGAAAGUCACAGAAGAGCAAGGCUGCCGAGUUGUUGAAGGAGGGAUUUGGGCUGGGGCAGAGCGAUGCAUCCACGGCCAACAGUGGCACGGAUGCCGUGGAGGUGCACAGCAAGGCGCAAUCGGAAGCCACGGAGGACGAGAAGAGCAAGGAGGUGGUCCAAGAUGGGGAGGAGAAGCUUCGUCAGCCCUCUGCAGACAUCCUGCCGGGGCCGGUCGAGCUGAGUGAUGGCCCUCUUGAGGUGCCGCCACCAUCAGGUGAGCUACCCUGGGCCCCUGCCAACAACGACCCUGAGGAUGCGAAUAGGGAGCAGGUGGCGCAGGAGGCGUCGACACUCGCGGAGCCCGACCGCCCCUUCAUCGAGGAGGCAGCCCCGGAGGUCAUCUCGGCUGCAGACAAGGGUGUGGCAGAGGACAAGGAGCCCAGCGAUGACAAGGCCGUCGAUCUCACAGCAGACAAGGACGAAGGAGCCGAUGUUGCUGGGCCCAGCCUACCGGCCUCACGGCCCUCCACGCCGGAGUCCCACCCGCCCGUGGCCAGCGAGCGCGAGCCGAGCCCCUCCCCGGUUCCGGCCGAUGAGGCCCAGGUCAGCAAGGAGGCUGCGCACAGGGCCAGGCACGCGGCACUGCUCAGGAUGGACUCGGAGUCGGAGGUCUCGAUGCCAGACUCAGAUGCAGACUUGCCCCUGCCCAGCUCCCAUGAGCUUGCCCAGGCUCUGGGGCGUGUGCCAGCCACAAGCAGCAGGCCGUGGCAGAAGGCGCACCCCUGGCGUGGCCGAGGACCCGUGGUAGCCGCCAAAGGGCUCUGGUGCAGAGCCCAGCGCGCCUACGCUGAGGAUUGUUUGAGCCACAGCCGCCCCGGCUCGCUCACGGAUGAAGACUCCCCCCGCACCUUCGCGGGAACUCAUUGGCUGACGGGCGGGAGGUGGGAGGAGCUUCUGAAGAGGGACCAUCCGCCGAAAAACCUGACGCAGCCGAAGGAGUCCAAAGACACCAUCCCAGCGGGCGGCGGGUCCGAGGGCCCUGGUGCGCUUCCGGACGACACCAACAAGGUGCCGUCCUCUGGCGGCCCUUCUACGCCAGUGCCACUGGGCGGAUGGCGGGUGCAGCAGCAGGGUCGAUGGUUCCGGGUCUCGGCUACAGCACUCAGCAUCCGGCGUCGGCCACAGGUGGACGCGCCCCUUGCCGGGGAGCUGCCUUUUGGCGAGGUUUUCCAGGCGGUUUCUUCCUUCACCGCCGAGGACGGUUUCACUUUCCUGGAGCUAUCUCGAGGUCGAGGAUGGGUCUUCAGCGAUGCACGGGUGCAGCCGGUGCUGGUCAUCGAUGACACCGGUGACCAGCCUGUCGCCAGUCCGGGCGAAAGGAGACUGGCUCGGCCGGCGGAGGCAGAGGCCGAGCCUGAACCUGGCUGCCGCUUUUCUCCAAGGAUCUCCUCGGUGGAGUCCCCCGACAAAGCACUGGAGGCUCAGGCCUCGCCGGCCAUGGCGACACCGAAGUCGCAGCGUGGGAAAGUGGUGGCCACUCGCGCGGCGCGCGCGCGGGCCAGCAGUGCCACCGCAAACCGGCGGAGGAUCACAGCCAGGCCUACCACCUUGGCCGCUGGGCACGCGCCAGCGCAGGCUGCCUUGCGGACGCCCGCGGCUCCUGUCCACGUCUCUGAGCCAACACCGCAGACGAGUCCAGAGCCCACGGAGGCCCCCAAGCCGGGCAACGCACGCGACCGCUACCCGUCCCCGAAUGCGCACCCGCUAGCACUGGAGGCGUCGAGUACUGAGAAGCCAACCAAGGAGGCUUGGCCCAAGAGGGGCCGGGAGCCAGUUCGCGCGAAGCACUCCCUGGCAUCACAGUGUGCCGUAGGGCCGAGCGCCUCCCACACAUCGCUGGUGGCCCCGGAGCUGGACCGAGGCUUGGAUGCAGAUCGGUACAUCGAACCGCGCCGGUCUUCGAGCGUCAGGAGCGCGAGAGAAUCCCUAGAGGAACGGCAGCGGAUGCAGGCCGCUCUUCUGAGAGUGGCGUUGCGAGUUAAUGCAGAUGAUGGCGAUUUUGGCUCUUGCACAAGGUCCUGUUCAGUUCCCUGGCGGAGCCGCAUCGCCACCAGUGUCUUCCCAGCCAAGCGCCCAGGCGCCGAGGAGGCUCCUGCCAUGGUGGGGCAAGCAGGCCAGCGUCGACGUGGAGCCACUGGUGCUGGUGCAGUCUCACUCAGCUGCCAGUUCCUGGCCGCUAUUCGGGGCGAGACAACGCCCCUGACACCUCGGCGAGCACAGCCGCAGGUAGAGGAAGCGAUGCGCGCCCAGCUUCAGCGUCGGUGCAGCUCUGUGCCGUCGAGGCACAGCGAGGCACCCAACCACACAGACGGCUCGACGGUCGGUCUGCCGUAUGGUUUCGCGGACAUACUUCUCGCUGCGAGUGCGUCGUAG